AUGCCAUAUAUGGCCAACGCAAAUGAAUGCAAACGUAAGUUGGAUGAGGUGGUGAAAAGGUUGGAUGAUCAUGAGCAUCAGUUGGCUGCUCUGGUCCCCAGGGUGGAUCGCAUGGAGCAACGCUUGGAAGCAGCAGAAGCAUACAGGUAUAUCAGGGUGGAACACAGCGCAACACUGGCGGAACUUUGGGCAGCAAUGGAAAACGAGGGAGCACCAAGGGGGGAAUUGCGUCAACGGGCAGAACAGGGGCUUAACCAAGAACUCAAAACAGUGUUUGGUUUGGAUUUGGAUGAAGCUGUUCUCAAAGCCAAGUCGGAUACACUGUCCAACAAUAAACGCACCUGGCCUGCAAAGGUGGCGCGAGAUUCCAUCGCCGAAAGUUUCAAUUUGGGUAACAUGGUGGAGUGGGUUAGCAAGGCAGGAACAGGGUUCACCCUGCGCUUACGCCCAGGGGAACCCUCGAGGCUGCGCUUCCAGCAGAUCAAAGAGUCUAUUAACUGGACCCUGUACGUCAUCAAACAGGUUCAGGGGCCCAUGGCAGAGAGCACACGCAGAACAAGGGACAGGGUGGCAAGGGGCCCAAAGUCAAAGGCAAAGGUCGCCAUGGGCAGGGCAAGGGUGGAGGAAAAGGUAAAAGGCAACAGUGACAUCGGACAAGGACCCAAGAUGCACAUGGAUGAAAACACCAAGGCGCAAGUCGGAGUCUGGAUCUAUCGGAUCCGCUCCAAGGUCGACGCGCCCAUGCCCAUGUCGGAGUGCAGGGACCAGUCGACCAUGGUUGGCAAGAAUGGCGGGACUGGUGCUCGCGCCAUGGUUUGCGAGACGUUGCCAGUCGUUUUCAGUGUCGAAACAGGGAAUCGCGCAGCACGCAGGCAGAGUGAACCACAACUCAUGCGGCAGUGCCGCGCGGCUCUACAGAACGCACGAAAAGCUAAGGCCCAACAGAUCAGAACGUGGGAAACAACAUGGCUGUCACAGAAAGCUGAGGAGGCCAACCGGGUUAUGAAUACCCCAGCCGGCACCAAAGUUUUCCAAUUAGUCAAAGAACUAAAAGCAGCGGUAGGCAAAGGCAAUCGAGAUGGAGGUCGUAUUCAGGCAGGUAGCCCCGCCGAGGUGGAGGAAUGGAAGGAUCAUUUUCAAGCCAUACAACAAGGUAUCGGGGAUGUGGAUGACACAAUUUGGCCAGACAUUUCACAACGAGAGACAGCCACUUUUCUGGAUGACCCACCUUCAUGGGGGGAAUUUGUUCGUGCUAUCCGGGACAUGCGCUUAGGCAAAGCAGGGGGGGAAGAUUGUAUGUUAGCGGAAUAUUUGAAGUUCGGGGGCCCUCACCUUCACAAAGAAGUUUUUCGUAUCACACAGGAGUGCUGGAAUGCGGCCACACAGGCCCCAGACAAUGACGAGGCUCAGAACUGGCCCACACAAUGGAAAAUCGGUUUGACGGAUAUGUCCUGCAAGGUUGCAGAGGUGGGCUAA